AUGGAAUGGGCUGUUGAUGGUGGCCUGUGGAAAAUAUGUGGGCUGUCUCAGACAAGUUCCAGCGCAAUAACAUUUGCAAACGUUGGUAUCGCCAUGCUGGAGCCAAGCCUGCCGAUCUGGAUGGCUGACACCAUGGAAGCUCAUCGAUGGCAACAGGGAGUCGCCUUCUUGCCAGCUAGCAUUUGCUACUUGAUCGGCACAAACUUGUUCGGCCCUCUGGGACAUAAGAUGGGACGUUGGCUCGCUGCUUGCUCUGGACUGAUUAUUAUAGGCGUAUGCCUCAUUUUGAUCCCCAUGGCCCGGAAACUGGAACACCUGAUCAUCCCCAACGCUGGUCUUGGCUUCGCAAUCGGCAUGGUGGAUUCUUCGAUGAUGCCCGAGCUUGGUUUCCUAGUGGACAUACGUCACGCUGCCGUGUAUGGAUCCGUUUAUGCUAUUGGAGACACUGCUUUCUGCUUGGGAUAUGCCGUAGGUCCAGCCUUCUCCGGCGCUCUGGUAAACAGCAUUGGCUUCGAAUGGAUGCUGGUCAUCAUUGCCAUCCUCAAUUUCGCAUACGCGCCUUUUCUGCUGCUGCUGAGGUCUCCACCGGCUACCAACGAAAAACAGAGCUUAAUAAUAAACGACAAGUCAUCAGUCAGGUACGUGAGCUACCAAAACGAAGAGGAAGAAUAAAAUAACCGCCAUUAAACAACCGCCAUUUUGAAUUUUUAUUUUUUAAUUUGGGAGUGGUGAUAUUAAGCCAAAGUUUUUAGGGGUUUGCAUAAAAAAUAAGUAC